CAAUUCCGACUUAGUACGACAAUAUUCGUAAAUAUCCGUAAGUUUCAUCAAUAAUGGUUGUCAUGGAAAUGAGCGAAGCGGGGAAAAGUAAAAGAGCAAAAUAUGGCGGCUGCUAGCUCCCAAAGACCGAUACCUCUCUUACGAAGGCCUUUGCCACCUAAAAAAUCGCUACCACCGCCUUCUCUCCGCUUACGAUCAGAAGAUCAAUCCUCAACGGAGGAGAGAAAUCACAAAGUGUUGCCAAAAUCACCCGAGGUGUCAAGCAUAAAGCGACCUGUUAAGUCAAAAGUCGCAGAUCCAGCACGUAGAGAAGUGAGGUUUCAUGGCGAUGUGCCUUUGCCGAUUGCGUCUGUUGUGAAGCCUUUCAAGACAAAAGGACCCGAUUCUCUACCUCUUCGACCUCCUAGAAAACUAAGAGAGCUGCCUUUGGAAGCUUUUUUGAAAGACUCGUACUCGAGACCGCCUCCUGAAUUCACUUUGACGGACUUCAUGAAAAGGUUACCAUCCCGCGCUGGAGCCAAUGAAGAUGGAGAACCAAUGAUUUCUGAUCAAAACUACGAGAAAUUAACGAGCUGGUUUGCUGCUAACAGACCUCACCAGUCUUCCAUUCAUAAUCUCGAAAUAGACAGUGUUAUCAAUGUACCAGAUGUUACUCCAAGAGUUCCAGCGAGACAGUUGUUCAUAGAGAUGCAAUUCCAAGGAAUGGAAAUUUUCCACACAUCAGAUCAAGAAUUGGGUUUAAUUCAAGAAAGAGCAUCCACUGUAUUUCCUGUCUCUCCAGCCCCUUCUAAACUGACUAUACCAGCUUCUAGAUAUGUACCACUACCACCAAUAGAAACAGAACAUGUUACUGAUAGUAACAGGGAUGCUGUGGUGUCUUCUAGAAAAGAUGAUCAUCAGAAGAACUUACAGGGCAUUCCAGUUCAAACUAUUGGUGAGGUGACAAUGGCAGAAUUGGUGUCAUCUCCUCAAGAAAAAGAUGAAAAGAAAGUGGCGAUACAAACUGAAGAGGGAUAUGGAACCAAAGAACUCAAAACUCGAUUUGCUUUGAGUCAAGAUUCUAAUUUAAGACAUGAUGAAGGUUGCGAUGGAAUUGGAGGAGAUGAAAAAGUUGAUCAUGAGUCAGACAAACAGAAAAGAGCUGUAAAAGAAAGAACAUUAAUGCUAGAAAUUUUCUACUUAGUGAGUGGUGAUGUUUAUGAUGCACAAAUGUCCCCAAUGGAAGCUGUGGUGUUAAAUGCAAUGAUGACUGGUUCAUCGAUUCUUAAUCUCAGGGCUCAUUUCUUGAAUCAACUUCCUGAUAUGAGCCCACUUGCAGGGAUGCUGACACAUUUGAAUCUGUCUUUUAAUGAUCUUUGGGUUUUCCCUCCAGAGAUUCUGCAGCUGGUGAACUUGGUUUCACUAAAACUCAGGAACAAUCCUAUCAAAGAAAUUCCCCAUGGUAUAAAGCAGCUGAAGAGGCUCACUGUGUUUGAAAUGUCCUUUAACCUCCUCACAUCUUUACCAUCUAGUCUCUUCCAGUUAAAACACCUUGAGCUUCUGGACCUGGCUUACAAUUGGCUCUCAUUUAUUCCUUCAGACAUUGAAAACCUAAGUUCUCUGCGAGAAUUGAAUCUGGAAGGAAAUCGGCUUGGAGCCCUGCCAGUUGGAGCGCUGCAUCUGAGGUUGAAGUAUGUCAGAAUACAAAAUAACUUCACACAUCCACUAAUGUGGCGAGAGACGGCGACCAACCAGCCACAGCGUCUCGGAGACCUGGCAGCUUUAGUUGUGUUUGGUCAAGGACUACAUAUUAAAAAUCGCGAUUUACCGCCAGAAAUCAAAAAUAUUCUAGAAAGUUAUACUCGCUGUGACUGUUGUGAUGGUCCAAUGUUUGGCCCCGGAGUAAGGCUAAUUAAAGCCCCAGCCUCCAUCUUUGGCAUUAAAAAUCUCCCAUUUCUCUUCAACGCCUGUACGCAGACUUGUAGACGGCAGUUCAGUAGAGGUUCUGACUCGUUGAUGCUCUGGAUGCAAAGGAACGCACCGCAAACUUUCACAGAGAUAUGGAAAUAAAAUUACAAGCCAGAUGUGUCUAUAAGGAAUAUUUUGGUAAAUGAUAAAUAUGACGUGAAAGAAUUGGGAAGAUUCACCAAGUGAAGAUCUCUCUCUGGUGAAGUGCAAGUUGGCAGCGAUAUAUGUUCGUGGACAGAAAGUUGAGUUAUGACACAAGCAAAUUAUAUCCAAACAGUGACGAACCUUCUGAUGGACUUCUUUUACCUGUACCAUCCUCGUUUCUGUUUCAAUUAAUUUUCCCCUUUUACUGUUUACCUAUCUUUUCCUUCCAGAAUUUUUUGUUUCCGUCGCGCUGAAUGUAAUUUUAAAAGUCGCAUGGAAAUAAUUCUAUAAGUUACGAAAACAUCGCAAAAGCUGAUAAAAUAUAUAGCUGUGAGAGUAGAACCGCCAGAAAGCGCCGGAAAACUCAAAAAGCAUAACAUUCCCAGUCUCUCUCUCCCAUGGGAAGAAGAGUGAUCCUGGAAACGUGGUUCAGUUGAUAGCGCAAUUCUGCUUCAAAAGAAACAUAAAUAGGGAGGAAUAUCUAGAGUUUGAUGUGCUUAAAAAUAAAUUCGUCAGAAACUUAAAAAUGUGGGUUGAUUGGGUUCCCGUGCAAUUAUUGCUUUUUGUUAAAGAGAGAGUAUAUAUUUUGUUUCAUAUAUUUCAAAGCCAUAUUUAAUGAUUGUAGUAGAAGUACUGUCGGUUUUUCAGUUAAAGAAAGUUAUAUGAAUAGACUGUAGAAAAGUGUAAAAAAUAAAUUAUUUUGAUGAUUUUC